UAGCCGGCAAUGGCGCUGCCGGCGGCUAGGUGGUGGCUCAGGCGGGAGGUGCUCGUGGGGCUUGCGCUCGGGCAGCUCGUGUCGCUGCUCAUCACCUCCACCGGCUUCUCCUCCUCCGAGCUCGCCCGCCGAGGCGUCAAUGCGCCGACGUCGCAGUCUCUGCUAAAUUAUGUACUUCUUGCGCUUGUCUAUGGAGGAGUGUUGAUCUACAAAAAGCAGAGCGUGAAGAUUAAAUGGUACUACUACUUGAUCCUCGCCAUCAUCGACGUCGAGGCUAACUACAUCGUUGUGAAGGCUUAUCAGUACACAUCCUUGACGAGUGUGAUGCUCCUGGAUUGCUGGGCCAUUCCAUGCGUCAUUCUCUUCACCUGGAUCUUCCUGAAGACAAAGUAUGGGUGGAGGAAGCUGUUUGGUGUCGGAGUUUGCGUUGCUGGCCUCGUAUUGGUCGUGUUCUCCGAUGUGCACGCCUCUGAUCGUCAAUCAAAAGGACCCAACCCACUGAAAGGUGACCUGCUUGUAUUUGCUGGGGCCACACUUUAUGCUGUCAGCAACGUUACUGAGGAGUAUAUUGUCAAAGAAGGUAGCAGAGUUGAGCUGAUGGCGAUGCUAGGUGUUUUUGGAGCAGUUAUAAGUGCUAUACAGAUAAGCAUACUUGAGCGGGAAGAACUUAGAUCAACACAAUGGAAUGCUGGUGCGCUGCUCCCAUUUAUUGGAUUCGCUCUAGCAUUGUUCUUGUUCUACUCCACAGUACCUAUUAUCCUGAAGGUAUUCGGCGCAACUAUGCUGAACCUCUCACUCCUGACCUCGGACAUGUGGGCAGCUCUAAUCCGUAUCUUUGCUUACCAUGAGAAGGUCGACUGGAUGUACUUCGUUGCUUUCGCCGGCACGGCAAUUGGGCUCGUCAUAUACUCAUACAAGGGCUCCAGGGAGACAGCCGAUGGCACAGCCCAGGUUGCCGGUGCAACGGACGAGGAAGCAGCAACAGAGAACCGCGUGGCAGGGCAAGUUACCGAUGCCGGAGAAGAUGAUGAACCAACUUCCAACAAGUCUCCAUCAGCAGCUACCACCUAAAAGGAAAUCGUCUGCUGCAAACUUGGCAUGUGGCUACUUGUACAUUACAAUUUUUUGUGUAUAGUAGGUUCAUUAUUGUUUGUAAACAUAUAGUUGCAGAAGAUUUUGUUGCGGGUCUUGGAUGUAUCUCUAAGUUUUCUCAGAAUCCUAUCUAUAAAUGUGGGGACUACUGUCCUAUAUC